AUGGAGGCGGUGGUGCGGAGCUGCCCCUUCCUGGCCCGCGUGCCCCAGGCCUUCCUGCAGAAGGCCGGGCCCUCGCUGCUGCUCUACGCCCAGCACUGCCCGCGCAUGAUGGAGGCGGCGCCGCCCGCCCGCGCCGUCGCCACCUCGGCCGCCCGCCGCCAGCAGGCCGAGGAGACCCCCGCCGCCCGCCACGAGGCCAAAGGCAGCAGAGAGGCGGCCGAGCCGGAGCCGAGCGCAUCCCCGGCGCCCGCCGGCUCCUCCAAGUGCCCCUUCCUGGCCGCCCAGAUGACCCACGGGAGCAGCAGCGUCUUCUGCAAGGCCAGCCUGGAGCUGCAGGAGGACGUGCAGGAGAUGCAGGCCGAGAGGAAGGCAUCUGUAGGUGCAGAAUUGGCCAAAACACCAACUAAUUCCACUGUGAAAAACACCCAGGCUGAGGGAGAAGAGCAGAGCGGCUUGCUUAAGAAGUUUAAGGAUAUUAUGCUAAAGCAGAGGCCAGAAAGUGUCUCUCAUCUGCUCCAGGAUAACUUGCCAAAAUCUGUGUCCACCUUCCAGUAUGAUCAGUUCUUUGAGAAGAAGAUAGAUGAAAAGAAGAAGGAUCACACCUAUCGAAUAUUCAAAACGGUGAACCGAAAGGCACAGAUCUUCCCCAUGGCAGAUGACUACUCUGAUUCCCUCAUCACCAAAAAGGAGGUGUCCGUGUGGUGCAGCAAUGACUACCUGGGGAUGAGUCGGCACCCUCGAGUGUGUGGGGCUGUCAUGGAUACACUGAAACAACACGGUGCUGGAGCAGGAGGCACAAGAAAUAUUUCAGGAACAAGUAAAUUCCAUGUUGAUUUGGAAAAAGAGCUAGCUGAUCUUCAUGGAAAAGAUGCAGCACUAUUGUUCUCAUCCUGCUUUGUAGCCAAUGACUCCACCCUCUUCACUCUAGCUAAAAUGCUGCCAGGCUGUGAGAUUUACUCCGAUUCGGGAAACCAUGCCUCCAUGAUCCAAGGGAUCCGGAACAGCAGAGUGCCAAAGCACAUAUUCCGUCAUAACGACGUCAACCACCUCCGAGAAUUACUCAAGAAAUCUGAUCCAUCUACACCUAAAAUCGUUGCUUUUGAAACUGUUCACUCAAUGGAUGGUGCCGUGUGUCCCCUGGAGGAGCUGUGCGACGUGGCCCACGAGCACGGGGCCAUCACCUUUGUCGAUGAAGUGCACGCCGUGGGGCUGUACGGAGCUCGAGGCGGCGGCAUCGGAGACCGCGACGGAAUCAUGCACAAAAUGGACAUCAUCUCGGGGACGCUGGGCAAAGCCUUUGGCUGCGUAGGAGGGUACAUCUCCAGCACCAGCUCCCUAAUAGACACCGUGCGUUCCUACGCCGCCGGCUUCAUCUUCACCACCUCCCUGCCCCCCAUGCUGCUGGCUGGGGCCCUGGAGUCCGUCCGAACCCUGAAGAGCCCCGAGGGGCAAGUCCUGAGGCGCCAGCACCAGCGCAACGUGAAGCUCCUGCGGCAGAUGCUCAUGGAUGCGGGGCUGCCCGUGGUGCACUGCCCCAGCCACAUCAUUCCCAUAAGGGUUGCAGAUGCUGCUAAAAACACAGAGAUCUGCGACAAGCUCAUGAGCCAGCACAGCAUCUACGUCCAAGCAAUCAACUACCCCACAGUUCCCCGGGGAGAGGAGCUGCUACGUAUUGCCCCUACACCUCACCACACCCCGCAGAUGAUGAGUUAUUUCCUUGAAAAACUCCUGGCAACGUGGAAGGAUGUUGGUCUGGAGCUGAAACCCCACUCUUCAGCUGAAUGCAACUUCUGUAGAAGACCUCUGCACUUCGAAGUGAUGAGUGAACGGGAAAGAUCCUACUUCAGUGGCAUGAGCAAACUGGUGUCUGUCAGUGCUUGAAAGUCACAGUGUCGAUCUUGUGUAGCUCUAGGACCCCGUCAGUAGCAUUUUUAAAUUCUUAAUAAGCAUUUUAAUCAUAGUUGAAGCACUAAGCUCUGAGAAUAAACUCCUGGAGCCCUUGCACCCACUUGUAUUCUUCAUGCUUACUUCAUUUAACCUCCAUAAGCAGCGCUUGUUGUCCAUGGUUGGAAAAGGACCU